UAGAAAAACUUUCAUAGAAAAAUUCGCUUAGCACAUUUGGUUCCAAAGCAAGAACAAAGAUGGGGCUGGGACGUUUUGCGAUCACAAAUGCAACAAAACAGAUAUUGAAGCUAAACAGAAACCGAACAUCAUCGGAUCAUGUCCCUAAAGGGCAUAUGGCAGUGUACGUUGGAGAACAGAUAGAAAAGGAGAGGAAGAGAUUUGUUGUUCCAAUUUCGUUUCUAAAUGAUCCUUCCUUCAGAGAGUUCCUUAGUCGAGCAGAGGAAGAGUUUGGAUUCAAUCAUCCAAUGGGAGGCUUGACCAUUCCUUGUAGAGAAGAAGUGUUUCUUGAUCUCAUCGCUUCUCGGUUUCAAUAAUGUUAAAAAGAGAAGUUGAAUUAUAUUAGGAGAAUUGUAUUUACGAAGAUCUUGAAAUUUUGUACUUGAGAUUGAAGUUGUAUCUUUUCAUUAACC